CGGGAUUGCUCAUCAAUGACCAAGGGGAGGGGCUUGGGAAUAAAAAGAAAAGACACCAGCACCGACCACAACUGAAAUGGUGACCGACACAUGGGGCUUCGUUGGAAAUUGCAACAGCAAAUCACAGUUUUCCAAUAAAAUAUUUCCAGUACAUACAAUGGAUAAAGCUAUUUUAAUUAUUUUGUUCUGGAGUCUUUGCAGUCUAGUACAUUUGGAAGGACUACCAAUCAGUAAGAGGUCCAUCAGUGAAGUCCAGCUGAUGCACAAUGUUGGAGAACACAAGCAAACAGUGGAAAGACAGGACUGGCUUCAAGUAAAGCUGAAGACUGUAAUCAUACCCAGUAUCAAUGACUCACAGAAAGGACAAAAGGGGAAAACCAGGAAUCUUUCUUCAGUUUUCCAAGCCUGGAACAGUCCAGUGCAGAUAUCAAUUUAACAGUGGGAACUGCUUCUGUUUUGUCUUACCUUCAUUUAAAAAAAAAAAAAAGGAAAAAAAAGUGUAUUAUGUUUUAAUGCCACAGAGAUCAGUCAAAUUUUCCUGUCUCUGUGUUAAGUCUUUAUUGAUUAAGUGCACUAAUUUGCCAUUUGUUUUAUUUAUUAUUUUGUAGUAAUUUAUUUAAUUGUUUCAGUGACAUAAAUUCAACUUUGAAAACGUUUGACUAGUUGUACAAAUUAGUUUAAAUGUAAAGAGGACAAGGACAAGGAAGGACACAGGUUCUUCUGUAUGCCUUCUAUUAGAAUAUUUAAUUUAAGUAUUUUUUAUGUCGUUUUAUUAUGCAAUGUUGACGUAGCCCAAAUAAAAACGUUUUUUUUU